GGGGAGGGUAUUUUAGAGGGGGGGGGUAUCUUAAAGAGGGUGGGAGUAUUUUAUAGGGAGGUGAAAUUUAGAAGGGGAGCUAUUUUAAAGAGGGGGGUGUAUUUUAGAAGGGUGGGGGGUAUUUUGAAGGGGUGGGUAUUUUAGAGGGGGAUGUUGUUUUAGAGAUUGGGGGUGGGGCUUAUUUUAUAAUGGGGGUAUUUUAGAGAGGGGGUAUCCUAGAGAGUGGAGGAGUAUUUUAGAGAAAAUACGGUAAUCGAAGGUUAAUCAGUGGAUUCGAAUUUUAGGUAUGGACAUUGUAGGACGAAUGUAUUUAAAAGAAAUUCACUAUUUGGGAAGAAAAUUGCAAUCGAAUAACCCUUUCUAUAUGAUAAGGGAGGCAAAAGCAAAAAAACGGCGUGUUGCAAUGGCCAAUUUAUUAGCACAAUUAGCUAAAGGAAUGAUCUUUGCCCAUCGAAAUUUUACAGAAAUGCAAAGAAAGAUUUCAUUGAGAAAAUUUUCUAGACACAGAAGAACUUCGCAUAUUUUGCCUGAUGGAACCUUUAUGUUUGCCCGCCUGCCACCAGAUCCACCCCAUGAAUGUCAAAUUGUGUCUACAUCAGCCUACAGUGUCAGAUUAGCUUGGGCGCCAGCUUUUUCCUCUUCUGAUGUCAAAGUUACUUACAAUAUACGAUAUAGACAAAAAUACGAAGAAUUUGAAGAGGGAGAGGACAAAAAUUCAAAAAUACGAGAAUUGAAAGGAAUACAAAUUAUGAGCCUUCAAUCAUGCUCCUUAUAUGAAUUUAGAAUUACAGCAGUUUCCAAAUAUGGGGAGAGCAAGCCCGUUAUUUUAGUUCAAUAUACUGAACCCCAACUUAGUCCCCAACACAUUUUGGCUACAAAAUUGAGCCCAAAUUCAAUCGAAUUGAGUUGGGAGCCGCCCUAUAAAAGAGCUAAUGAUUUAAAGGUUCUAAAAAAUUUUUUAACCGAAGAAAAUUUUUUAAAGAAUUAUGUUGUCUACUGGACAGAUAAUUCAGAAGCACGUUUAGGUGAAUGGCAAAAAAUGAAUGUUUAUGGAAGGAGAGUUGUCUUUACCGAAUUAAAAUAUGACUGGUUUUAUCUGUUCUGCGCUGUAAAUUUUUACAGAAAAUUUUUUCGAAAAAAAUUUUCUUUUAAUAGACUGCCUGUUUUAACAAUGGAGAACGCUCACCUCUGUCUAGGGCACUUUUUGCUAAAACUGAUAAAAUUGAAUUUAAUACGAAAUGUAAGGGGAUUAAAAAUUUUGAUUUUUUAA